ACAACCACCACAACCGACCAUGCCGCCGCGCCCGAAACCCCCAGCACCACCUCCAGCGAGACAGACAGCUACAAACUCCGCUUCUGCACCGUCUGCGCCUCGAACCAAAACCGCUCAAUGGAAGCGCACCUGCGGCUCUCCACCGCGACCCCGUCGCCCUUCCCCGUGAUCUCCUUCGGGACGGGCUCGCUCGUCCGCCUGCCCGGGCCGACGGUCACGCAGCCGAACAUCUACCACUUCAACACGACGAGCUACAGCCAGAUGUACGAGGAGCUGAUGGCCAAGGACGAGCGGCUGUACCGGUACAACGGCCUCCUCAACAUGCUGGACCGGAACCGCAACCUGAAAUGGGGGCCGGAGCGGUUCCAGGACUGGGUGCCGGGGCUGCCGCGCGUGGACCACGUCGCCAAGGGGGACAAGGGCGCGCGGGGCACCGAGGGCGGCGUCGUCGACGUCAUCAUCACCUGCGAGGAGCGCUGCUGGGACGCCGUCGUCGACGACCUCAUGGCCAAGGGCAGCCCGCUAAACCGGCCCGUGCAUGUGUUCAACGUCGACAUCAAGGAUAACCAUGAGGAGGCGCUGGUCGGCGGCAAGGCGAUUCUCGAGCUGGCCAACCGCUUGAAUGAGGCGGCUAGGCUGGAGCGGCGGGCUGCUGCCGCGGACUGGGAGAAUGGGCAGGGUGAGGCGAGAAGGAAUUUCGAUGAGCGCGUGCCGGAGAUCCUGGCCGCGUGGCAGGAGAAAUGGCCGCAUUUGCCGGCCCUGUGGACUCUGGCGUGGUUGUAG